AUUUUACCGCUAUUCGACUUUAUAUGCGUUUUUUGUUAUCAAAAUUGAUAUUUACGAAGUUUUUGGAACGCAUUCCUGUUGGAACGUUCCACAAAUUAUACCCACCCCGUUCCACAAAAUAUACCCGCCCACAAACAGACAGACAAUGUAUCUUUGAAUUAACCUUAAUCUGAGUACCCUAUUGAAAUGGAAAAUGAUCAACUCUGUUCUCUGGAUAUUACUCUUGCUCGAAAGUGAUCUGAUUGAUGCUGUAAAUGUGUCGGGAAAAGAGGGAAUGAAAGUAACUUUACCGACUGGACUUAAUUACCUACCUAGUGGCACUAUUAUGGCAUGGUCUUUCCCAUUGAGUCGUUCAGAUUCAUUUGAUAACAUAGCGCUGCUGAAUGCUGGUGUGAUUACAACUGACUACAGUUGGAAGUUCAAAGACAGACUGAAGCUGGAUACUCAGACUGGAUCUCUCACCAUCAGAAACCUCACCAUCAGCGACUCUGGACUUUAUAAAAUACUUAUCAUCAAUACACAGAGUUCAUCUAAGAUUGCAAAUCUAACUGUCUAUGCCUCAGUGUCUGCUCCUCACAUCAGUCACUCAGUGGACAGUCCAUUUGAAAAAGUGAGCUGUUCCUUGGUGUGCACUGUGAAGAACGGGAGAGAGGUGAUCUUGUCAUGGUACAGAGGAGAGGAGAUACUCAACCAGACCAGCAGCCCUGAUCUUCUAGCCAAUCUCUCUCUCCCUCUGGAGUUAAACAAAAGAAAUGUUGACACCUACAGCUGUGAGGCUUCCAACCCUGCUGACUCAAAACCAACGCCGCUCAACAUUAAAAUGCUCUGCCCUCAAUUGUCCUCACGCUCUGCCCUCAAAGGGUCUGGUCGCAAUCCUGUCCCAAUCGCACUGGUCACAUUGCUAUCAGUUGGGAUAAUAAGUGGUGGUAUAUUCUGGGCAGUUAAAAUCAUAAAAUGUGGAGCCUGCAAGCAAAGAGAAGAAGAAGGAUCCUGAUGUGAUCUUUCAGAGAUUGGUACGGUCAGUGUUUAUGGAAGUGUAUAUAUGUGUGUGCAUAUUAUGCUACUUGGUUUUCUAUGCAACUUCUGUAUCUGUGAACACACACACACACACAUUUAGGAAGUAAGUAGUCACUUGUUGUUGGCUUGUAUAACAUACCAGCCAAUGUGAAAAUACAGAAUACACAAGAACAAGCAUAGAAUGCAAAUAUACUGAACAAAAAUAUAAACGCAACAUGUGAAGUGUUGGUCCCAUGUUUCAUGAGCUGAAAUAUCCCAGAAUUUUUCCAUACGCAGAAAUAGCUUAUUUCUCUCAAUUUUUCGGCACAAAUUUGUUUACAUACCUGUUAGCGAGCAUUUCUCCUUUGCCAAAAAAAUUCCAUCCACCUGACAGGUGUGCAUAUCCCGAAGCUGAUUAAACAGCAUGAUCAUUGAUCAUUACACAGGUUCACAAUAAAAGGCCACUCUAAAAUGUGCAGUUUUUCCACACAACACAAUUCCACAGAUGUCUCAAGUUUUGAGGGAGAGUGCAAUUGACAUGCUGACUGCAGGAAUGUCCACCAGAGCUGUUGCCAGAGAAUUGAAUGCUCCCUUCUCUACCAUAAGCCGCCUAAAACGUUGUCUUAGAGAAUUUGGCAGUACGUCCAACCGGCCUCACUUAUGGCUGCGCCCCUGCCCAGUCAUGUGAAAUCCAUAGGGCCUAAUUUAUUUAUAUAAACUGACUGAUUUCCUUAUAUCAACUGUAACUCAGUAAAAUCGUUUAAAUUGUUCCAUGUUGCGUUUAUAUUUUUGCUCCGUAGAUUUGGACCUUAUUGAAUUACAGGUUUCUGUUUCUAUUUGUUUAAGUCCUGACUUUACAGGUUGAGUAUAUACUGGUAUCUGGCACCGGAGGCAUCUGUUUACCAGAAGAGUCUGUUUUGUACUCAGAAUCUUACCUUUUGUUCAGACAGGACUGGAUUCAAUCACUCCUCUCUCAAAGCUGUGACCUUGGCGUGGUUUAGAGGCUUGUGUGUCUCAAUGACCCUGAGAGCUACGCCGGAGGGGGCUUGGGCCCCUGGUAGGUUUAGCCAUUCCGGAUUGGUCUUAGGUCAGGGGCCAGACCAACGACAGCAUUGGUCCUACAUGUUUCACGUUGGGAUGGUGCUAUAGGUUGGCAACCAUAACACUCUGACAAUGUUAAAUACUGUGUAUGUCUUUACUGUCAUUUUAAAUGUGUCUUUUUCAUAGGAUUGUACCUUUUACUUUACAAGAAAUAUGCUUGAUAAAAAUGCAACUUAAUUGUUGUUGUUUAAGUCUUAACAUUUGUCAACCACAAGGUUGACCUGGUCCUUGUGCUCCAGCUCAGCAAAUUACAUUUCCACCCCAAAAAAACACAAAAAAAGCCAUAAAGAAUUUAUACCGAUCUCACAUUUAUACCUUUCAUUGCCACUAUUGUAUAAUUGAGUGUCAUUUCACAUACAAAUAGCACCGCUAUUUAUUUGUCUGUUGCAUAAUGUGUAUGUCUUUAGUGUAAUUUUAGAUGUGUACUUUUUCAUUGUGGUGUACUUUACUUGGUAAAAAUACUAUAUUAUUAUUAUUUAGGUCAUAACAUUUGUCUGAAAACCAGGAUUAGUAGUAUUUAAACAAGCAAAUUAGUUAAAUCAUGGCACUACAUCCACUCCCUGAAACAGUUUUACCAUUUAUUUUCAAAAUGCUUGUAACCGACUUCCCAAACCUGCUGAUCUCAUGGGCAUGUUUAAACUUGUGGAGAAUGUUUUCACGAAGGUUUGUCCUACCUGUAUCUCCGCUCUAGAGAGUCUCAUUGCACUUGAAGAAACGUUCACCUUUCUUGAAAUUUUCCGCAUUGGCUGGCCUUCAUGUCUUAAUGUAAUGAUGGACUGUCGUUUCUUUUUGAUUAUUUGAGCUGUUCCUGCCAUAAUAUGGACUUGGUCUUUUACCAAAUAGGGCUAUCUUCUGUAUGCCACCCCUACCUUGACACAACACAACAGAUUGGCUCAAAUGUAUUAACUUCUAUACAAGGCACACCUGUUAAUUGAAAUGCAUUCCAGGUGACUACCUCAUGAAGCUGGUUGAGAGAAUGCCAAGAGUGUGCAAAGCUGACAUCAAGGCAAAUGGUGGCUACAUUGAAGAAGAAAACCUUUUUGGGUUACGACAUGAUUUCUUAUGUGUUAUUUCAUAAUGUUGAUGUCUCCCCUAUUAUUCUACAAUGUAGAAAAUAGUAAAAAUAUAUUUUAAAAACCCUGUAAUGAGUAGGUGUGUCCAAACGUUUGACUGGUACUGUAUAUAAAUCCAUCCAUGUUUGAGGAUGUCAGGAGAUUUUGUAAAGACCGGCCACUAGGGAUAAAAGAGAGAACUGUUAACUUCAUGUAGGUUCAUCUGCCUCUGGUUCCAAAGGUUGCAUGUUCGAAACCAGCGAGAGAAAGUUAUUUCUGUUUUAAUUAAGCCUAUCCCAAACCUCAACCCUAACCUUAAGCAUUCUGAUUUAAUGCCUAAAAUGUAAGAAUUCAGAGUUAAUGCCUAAACGUCACCCUAACCUUAUAAAUUCAGAGUUAAAUGCCUAAACUUAACCUUAAACGUUUGGAAAUUUGACGUUUGAGAAACAUGUCUAAUUCUGACAUGUGACUGUGAGCUCGUUGGUUAUUAUUCUGUAUCUGCCUGGUGUAGGGCUAACUUAUUUAAUAGCAUGCAGCCAUUACAUCACUCUGUCUAAUUUGUAAGUAUAAUGACAUCCUGUCCAAUCCAGUAUGUGGUACAAAAUAGAAACACUGCUGUAAUUAACAAAGCUUUCUCUCAAGCUUUUGGUCGCCAGUUACCAGACUGGUCAGGUCAGUAAGACUUUCAGAGGACUGGGGAAACAACUCAACAAGUCCAUACCUGUUCAUAAGAUGAACAGGAUCAGGCAGUUAGUUGAUGUUUGCGGUCUUUUGAAAGUAAAUGAGCAACGUUUGCUUUAGGGAGAGUACACUACCUUUUAGUGUACAUACUGUAAAUUACAAGGCACAUGCAAAACAUUUUUUUAAUGGUACUAUCAAAUACCCGUAUGUGCAUAAUGGGUGGUAGGUAUUCUGACUUGAGAUCUACAGUGCAUUGAGAAAGUAUUCACACAUCUUGACUUUUUCCCCAUUUUGUUGUGUUACAGCCUGAAUUUAAAAUGUAUUUAAUUGCAAUUUUGUGUCACUGGCCUACACACAAUACCCCAUUAUGUCAACGUGUAAUUAUGUUUUUAGAAAUAUCCCUUUGGUGAAGUUAUUAAUUGCACUUUAGAUGAUGUAAUCAAGAGACACAGUUACUAUAAAGAUACAUGCAAAAUUCCUAACUCAGUUGUCGGAGAGGAAGGAAACCACUCAGGGAUUUCAACCAUGAGGCCAAUGGUGACUUUAAAACAGUUACAGAGCUUAAUGGCUGUGAUAAUAGAAAACUGAGGAUGGGUCAACAACAUUAUAGAUACUCCACAAUACUAACUUAAAUGACACAGUGAAAAGAAGGAAGCCUGUACAGAAUAAAAAUAUUCCAAAACAUACAUCCUGUUUGAAAAUAUGGCACUACAGACAAAUUGCAAAAAAACAUGGCAAAGAAAUGAACUCAAUGUCCUGAAUACAAAGUGUUACGUUUGGGGAAAAUCUAACACAUCACUGAUUACCACUCUUCAUAUUUUCAAGCAUGGAGGUGGCUGCAUCAUGUUAUGACAUGUCAGCAUUAAACAUAAACGGGUUGUAAUAGGGGUGGCCAAACUUAUUCCAAAGACUGAAGUCAGCAGGAUUUUGUUCCAGUGAAGCACUAAUAAAACAACAAACUGAUUAAACUUAUUAUGGUCUUCAGGAAAAGGACCAUGAUUCAUUCAUUCAGGUUGCGCUGGAACAAAAACAUGCAUGAACUUGUCACGCCCUGACCUUAGAUGUCUUUGUUUUCUUGAUUAUCUUUGGUUAGGUCAGGGUGUGACGAGGGUAGUUGGUUUAGUUUUUGUAUUGUCUAGGUGUUUUUUGUCCUGUCUAGGGAUUUUGUAUGUCUAUGGGUUUUUUGUAUGUCUAGGUAAUGUGGUGGCCUGAAUUGGUUCCCAAUCAGAGGCAGCUGUUUAUCGUUGUCUCUGAUGGCGAUCCUAUUUAGGUUGCCAUUUUGGUUUUGUGGGUUAUUGUCUAUGUGUAGUUGCAUGUCAGCACACGGUUGAUAUAGCGGCAAGGUCGUUUGUUUAGUGUUCUUCCUUUAAUUAAAGAAGAAUGUAUUCAUAUCA